AUGGAUAUUCUGAAGAGCAAAAUCAUCUCGGAUUGGAGUGUCUCCAUUUUGCUAUUCUGCCUUGUUGCUGCAGUUAGCGGACAAAUUCGUUAUUCUCUACCAGAGGAGAUGAGAAAAGGAUUGUUUGUCGGAGACGUUGCAAGAGACCUUGGCUUGGAUGUCACAAGGUUGGUUUCUGGUCGGGCUCGACUUGUUAUAGAUGAUGAUAACCAAUAUGUCGCGCUGAACCAGAACAAAGGGCAUAUUGUCGUCAAUGAAAUAAUUGAUAGAGAAAAAUUAUGCGCCAAGAAAUCACCGUGUAGCUUUAGUCUAGAAAUUGUCCUCGAAGAUCCACUUGAAUUAUUUUCCAUAACCAUCGAAAUUCAAGAUGUAAAUGAUCAUGCUCCGUCUUUUCCUAAAAAGGAGAUUCAUUUGGAAAUAAGCGAAUCAACGCCCACCGGGACAGUGUUCCUGCUUGAAAGCGCAGCUGAUCCUGACGUAGGAAUAAACUCACUGCAAAGCUACUCUUUGAAGGAAAAUCGUCAUUUUGUCCUCAAACAACACACUCGCACAGAUGGUAGUAAAAAUGCUGAAAUGAUGCUUCGGACUGGUUUGGACCGCGAGAAGCAAAGCGAGCAUGCGCUUAUUCUAACGGCUGUAGAUGGUGGGGAACCGCAGAGGUCUGGGACAGUAAAGAUACACAUAGCUGUUCUGGACGCAAACGACAACGCACCCGUUUUUACGCAGUCUGUAUACAAAGCAUCUGUCUUGGAAAAUGUUUUGCAAGGCAAAAUUAUUGCUAAAGUCAGUGCUGUAGAUGCGGACCAAGGUUACAAUGGUAACGUUACAUAUUAUUUCACUCACUUAGAGGAGGAUUUGUCGUGUCCUUUCGAAAUAAAUUCUUACACGGGGGAUGUUAAACUCACUGGCGAAAUCGAUUACGAAGUGUCUUCAAAUUACGAAAUAAACCUUCAAGCAAAAGACCCAUGGGGUGUAGUGGGCGCCAGCAAAUUAAUAAUCGAAAUAGCAGAUGCAAAUGAUAACAGUCCAAUAAUCACAAUGGCUUCUUUUUCGGGUAAGAUUUCAGAGGAUUCCCUCCCUGGCACGGUUGUGGCGUUAAUUAGUGUUCAAGAUAAAGAUUCAGGUAGAAAUGGCCAGGUUCAUUUAAAUAUUGAUGAAAACCUCCCGUUCAAAAUUAAAUCGUCUCUCCGAAACUAUUACACAUUGGUCACGCAGCAAAUCCUUGACCGAGAAAAGCUUUCCAAGUACAAUAUCACCCUUACUGCCACAGAUGAGGGCUUCCCUGCCUUAUCCAGCAGAAAAACUGUAGUGUUAGACGUUACUGAUAUUAAUGACAAUGCACCAACUUUCAGCCAGAGUGUUUACAUCACGCAGGUAAUGGAAAACAAUUCACCUGGUGUAGCUAUGUUGCAGAUCCACGCCACUGAUCCAGAUCAGGAUCGGAAUGCACGGGUAUCAUAUUUUCUUAUUGACGGAGAAGUGAAUGGAAAUCCGGUAUCCACAUAUUUCUCCAUCAAUACGGAAAGUGGAGUCAUUCAGUCUUUGCGUUCACUUGACUUUGAACAAGUCAAAGAGUACAACAUAAAGGUCCAAGCGCAGGAUGGAGGGUCGCCACCUCUAAAUAGGAAAACAACUGUUAUUAUACGUGUCCAGGACCAGAACGACAACCCUCCACAGGUUCUGUACCCAGUCCAGACUGGUGGCUCUCUGGUGGCUGAAAUGGUGCCUCGUUCAGUCGAUGUGGGCUAUCUGGUCACUAAAGUGGUGGCUGUGGAUGUGGACUCUGGACAGAAUGCCUGGCUCUCCUAUAAACUGCAGAAAGCCACAGACAGGGCGCUGUUUGAAGUGGGCUUACAGAAUGGAGAAAUAAGAACUAUCCGCCAAGUCACUGAUAAAGAUGCUGUGAAACAAAGACUGACUGUUAUAGUGGAGGACAACGGGCAGCCCUCUCGUUCAGCUACAGUCAUUGUUAACGUGGCGGUGGCGGACAGCUUCCCUGAAGUGCUGUCUGAGUUCACUGACUUUACACAAGACAAGGAGUACAACGACAACCUGACUUUCUACUUAGUGCUGGCUUUGGCUGUAGUUUCCUUCCUCUUCAUCACGUGUUUAGUGGUUAUUAUAUCCGUGAAGAUCUACAGGUGGAGACAGUCUCGCGUCAUGUAUCACUCCAAUCUCCCUGUGAUUCCGUAUUAUCCACCACGUUACUCAGACACUUUGGGGACAGGGACUCUCCAACACGUCUACAACUACGAGGUGUGCAGGACGACGGACUCCAGAAAGAGUGACAUACAGUAUGUGCAACCCAUGAGUCAAAGUUUGGUUAGUGUGGAUGACGCUGGAACUGAAAAUCUGCAGAAUGGAGAGCAGCCAUCCUCAGUUUCUAACACGUCUACUCUGCCUCUAAGUGACGCUGUUGCCUGGUAUAUAAAUUCAACCGUGCAGUGA